AUGCGGGUUCCUAUCCUUGGUCGUGACUAUUUGGCAUUAAUUAUUGGUAUCAUUUUAUUCUUCCUCGAAAAGUUGCUUCGUGUAGUCACGUAUGCUUUGCCAACUUUUAUUCUUCAAUUCUUUCAAGAACAAAGUCAAAAAUUAUUUUUUAUGCGAUAUAACGAAAUGCGAACACAUUCAGCAAAAGCGAUGCAAUGUGCAAAAUCAUUUCGUGAAAUGGUUGAAUAUUGGGGUUAUACUCUGGAAGAACAUGUUGUUAUAACACGUGACAAUUAUGUUUUAGGAAUUCAUCGUAUUCCUGAAGGAAAAUAUUCAUCCUCUAUUCGAAAUAAAUCUUAUUCAUCAAGUCAAUCAACAACAACAAUAAAACCCGUAGUAAUAUUAUAUCAUGGACUUAUGAUGUGUAGUGACGUUUGGAUGUGUAAUUUAGAACAAGAAAGAAGAUUAGCUUGUAUUUUGGCUGAUGCUGGUUAUGAUGUUUGGUUCGGAAAUGCAAGAGGAAAUAAAUAUUCAAUGAAACAUUUAAAAUUUAAACCUGAUUCAAGAAGGUUUUGGGAAUAUUCAAUGGAUGAAUUUGCUUUAUAUGAUUUACCUGACUCGAUUGAUUAUAUUCUUGAACUGACUGAAGCACCUUCUUUGACAUAUAUCGGGUUCUCUCAAGGAACUGCACAAGCCUUUGCUGCACUUUCAAUUAAUCCAAGUUUAAACAAGAAAGUAAAUCUUUUUAUUGCUUUGGCUCCAGCCACAAGUCCAAGAGGUUUACAAAAUCCUAUUGUUGAUGGAUUCAUCAAAGCCUCACCUAAUAUCGUUUAUUUAUUCUUCGGUCGUAAAGCUUUUUUAACGAUGACCAUGUUUUGGCAAAAAGUACUUUUCCCUCCAAUAUUCACCAAAAUUCUUGAUCAUUGUAUGAAAUUUCUUUUCGGUUGGGUAGGAAAUAAUAUGACGGAAGAACAAAAGGCGGUAUCUUAUUAUCAUCUUUAUGAUUUUACUAGUGUCAAAAGUUUAGUGCAUUGGUUCCAAAUAAUUCGUGCCAAUAAAUUUCAAAUGUAUGAUGAAUUACCACCUUAUUCAUCAACAACUUCUAUGGGAGGUCAUUGUUGUCUUAAAUUCCCUACCGAACAAAUCAAAACACCUAUUGCAAUAUUUUAUGGAGGAAGAGAUUUUACCUUAUGA